UGGCAGUCCUUUCAAUCUGCAUAUAGCCUCCUGCAGAUCUCAACAGCCACCAGCUUCUCCAUCUUCAUUCACUAUGGCAGCUUCUUCUUCUUCUUCUCCCAGAUCAGGCUUGCUUUAUUACGCCGGGUGUGAGGAGUACCCCCACCAGCCCCAUUUCUUGGAAGCUUGUUUUCUAUGCCAGAAACCACUUGGAAACAACGCAGACAUCUUCAUGUACAGAGGGAACACUCCAUUUUGUAGCAAAGAGUGCAGACAAGAGCAGAUGGAGUUUGAUGAAGCCAAAGAGAAGAGCUGGAAUAUGAGGUCUCUUAGACAAUCGGACUCCAACAAGUCUUCCAGCAACAAAACUGUACGGUCAGGCACAGUUGCAGUGGCUUAAUCACGUACAUAUUCUCAGAACCAUACUUCAAUUUUCAUGUAGAGAGAUGUUAAUGGUGAAGAGAGAGAUGAAUUUGAAUGAGGGGUUUAGUCUGAGUGUCUCAUCUGUAACGCAAGCGAGCGAGCUAUGGUGGGCAUCAGAUGAGAGAGGAGAUAAGAGAGAAGAGAGAAAGAGCCAUCUGAAAUUUUUUCAUUUUUCUUUCUUCUACUUAGGCUUCCUAUUAUGGGGUGUUUAUGUUUGUAAUUUUGGUUGUGUCAUCUCUCCUAAUGAAUAAUAAUGCUCUCAUAACUUGAAUAGCAAAAAAAAAAAAAAAUGUAAUAAUUUGGCCCUCUUUUAA